AGGUCGUCGUCGGUACUUAUACUAUAGAUGUGCUUCUUCUCUGUCCACUCAGUGCGAUCAUGUACAGAUAGAGCACUUUUUGAACUACACACUAGUACAACUACCUGUUACAACACUGGGUAAAAUAAUAUAAAAUCUUCCAAAAUGAUGAACCUGUAAAAGCUGCGUAAUCCCAAUCAACCUGUUGUAGGAGGUACUAGUGUAGUAACUAUUCACUAAAAAGUUGUACAAUAAUCUUCAAUAAAAAACUUGACUCUACUCAUACCUUCAAAAAAUGGCCGAUCUCACUUCAUUGCUACGCGAUGGCACAUGCGGUCCCACAGAUGAGGCGUUGGAGAUUACCGAUAAACAAGAAGAGAUCGCAGACCAUCUUCGAUCUGGAAAAUUCGAAGACCUAGUAUCCAAUUAUGGUGGAGAUGGUUUGGAUAUUAGUUUCCCAGGGACAUCUUAGGCAGCCUGCCGAAUAGAUUUACAUCACCAAACAGCUGCCCUUUGUUCUUCUAUUUCACAGAUUUCAUCUCUGCUGCCAUUUUGUCUCGACCGCGGUCACGAAGGGCCAUGACACAGAGUUCAUCUUGUUGGUAGUUUAGUACUUGGUAAACUACGACUACUAUCUUGUUGGUAAGUUAUUACUUAGGAAACUACGACUACAGGCUCUCGUUGGUUUACAGGUUCUACUUUUUUGUGGAGCUUGUCACAUCGAUUCAUCCUGCCGGUAGGUGCUAUAUGCCUAUUUGGGAUGCACAGAAUAUCAAUAGAAUACGACUACUAUCAUCUUGUUGGUAAGUUAGAGUACAACUGGGUUACAACUUUAAUACUAUAUUAUAUUAUAAGUUAGAGUACACGUGGGACCCUGAUCUGAGUCGUGUUCUACUUGAUCCCUGUCUAAUGUGAAGCGCACAAAUUCGAUGCCUCGCAGAAGGAGCAACUGGCCGAGGCGGCGGGGAGGGGCGGCGAGCAGUUCAUGUGUCUCACUGGACGCGAUGUUAAGGCUUGGCAAUUUCUUCCUUUUUCAAGAUGAAUCUAUCCUCUAUGUAGAUAUAUGCAUAUAGUCUUUUUCAAACUAUAUGGCCACUAGAAGAAAUUUUUACCCUUGUAUGAUUUUGUACCUUCACUUUCUGUUUUUUUUGGUUUUUUCCUAGUUAGGUUGGCUCCACCACUAUGAAUAUAGUCUUUUUCAAGAAGUAGAUGAAGCCCCGACCACCUCCUAAGGUAAAGGUGUUCAGGAAGGAAUGUGACCUAGAUUCAUCACCAUUACCCAGUGCACGGCUCUUCUAAUGCUGGUUCGUUUUCGAAGGAGAGUGAUUUUUCGCGACUCGCAGCUCGACAACGUGCCGUGAAAGAGGAGGAAGCACUGCGAGAAAAAGCAAACCUGGAUGCAGACGACCUUUUACUGCAGAACUCUCGCUUAAGGCUCCUUCAGGAAAUGGAAACCCAUCUUGCUUCUUCCCAGAUAAGUAAUAUCUUUGGUGCCCCGUUUCAUUUUGAAGGGACAAAAAGGAGGGUCGCAUGGAGCAAUUUCUACUAAUCGGGAUAGAUUUUUUCGAGAAGAUGAAAGAUCUUCGUGUUUUGCACUGCCUUGUUCUAACUCGGGUCAAGAUGACUGGAGGCACGGCCGCAACAAACUCUUUGAAUAGUGCGUAUGCUAGUAACGCAGCAGACGCCGCUGACGUAGACGAACUGACACUAUUGAUUAUGAUUUUUUGGAAACUAUAUAUCUACUAGAUAGACUCAUACAUCUCGAGAUAAUUGCAAUGGGGUCAUGUAUGAGCCCCCGCAUUGUCGGUAGAUUUUUUCACUCCUCUAGAAGACUUCGUUUUCUUUCUGUGGUUAGAGUCUUCUGGGAAAUACUUAGAACAGACUAGAUCUAGAAGUAGGCCUGACGAAGAUACUGUAGCUAUAGGAUACGUCCUGUAGGACUACGCUCAGCAUAAUUAACUACUCACUUACACUACUAGCUACAACAUCUCCAACUUGCUACAAGCUUUUUCCGGUAGCGAAGAAGGUGUCUGAUGAAGAUGCUCUAUAGGUUACGCCUAUCCGGGUACUGUAUAGGUUCCGGCUGCUCUUCUGUCGACUCAAGAGAGAAGCAUCUUCUAACUCAUGGGAAAAAAGAAAGGCACAAAUGCGACGAGAGGCACAGAUGGCCCAACACUGGAAGAAGCUUGGACAUGGCAGUCUACGAGACAUCGCAAGCGAAAGGGAUUUUUUCACGGAGGUAGACCAACUCUAAUUCUGGAGACGAAUUUUCAAAAUUCGAGAACAGGGUUAGUAAGGUUGUCACACAUUUGAUUUCAUUAUACAUGGUAGGACCACUAGGCUCGUUUAGUGUUCUUGUGAAUGUGAUCCUUCAGCGUGAACGUGUACCGUUUACUAUCUCAGGUAAAGCCCCAUGAGCGUUCUGUGGUUCUCAUCCACGACACGGGGAGACCAGUUAGGGCCACCGCUGACGCAUCCUCCGCGUCAUCCUUGGCUUCUUUCUCAAGGGGAGAAAUAAGAACUAUCCAAGGAUAUUAUGAUUCUCAAAGAGGAGGAUGCGACAUGGUUGUAGCUCUCGUCCUCUAAGUAUAGCGCUGUUUCCUCUUAUCUGCGGGAGUUGGCCCCAAAGCAUCUAGAAACAGGCAUCUUCCAGCUGGCUGAAACAAAAGCCUACUUUCUUCUACAAAUGCUGUUACGGCUCAAGUAUGUGUACAAUUAAGUAGGUAUGUGUGUAGUGUAGCGCUUUUGAGGCUAAUCCUAAUACAACAUCAGCCACCUCCUCUAGUAGAAUAGGUAAAAUUAUCAUCGUGUAUACGUGUCAAUCUUUAUACUGUUUUCUUCCUAUAAUAUUGAAAGAAUGAGGCUGAGAAAUGAAUUAGAAUAGUCACCGGGGCCCAACAGGGCACAUAAAGGGACGUAUUCUUGUAGUUAAUGCUUGUGCUCAAAGUUAGUUAAAAUAGUUCAAAAUAGUACAGUUCAUAGUUCAAAAUAGUACCAUCACUGAUUCCGUGAACUCCGUGAGUUUUUCUUGUUGUGUGAAGGCUUGUGAGAGUGAGUGUGUACUGUUAGUUUUAGUAUAAUGUAUAAUGUAUGAUCAGUGCUAGUGCUCCGUUUUCGAAAGUGUUUACUCUACAAAAACAAGUUGAUGAACUAAACUUCUCUUGCGCUAAUCUCCGACAUUCCAGAUGGUGGCUUGCCUCUUCUUUUCGUGUUGCGUCACGGAGAAGUCAUUUAAGGUUUCUUGGUUAAAGUAGGUGUUCCUGUUCUUACCGUUUGUGUUGCUCCUCCUAAGGGAGAAAGGCAGAACAAACGGGAAACAGAAACGCCAAAACGUUACCGCUAAGUCAUAUGUAGGAUUUCGAGAGGGAUCCUGUGCGAUCCUAGUAUGACCACGAGGAAGCUAGAACGACUGCUGAAAGCACGAGACGCGUUCGGGGAGGGUGGAAAAGAUGAUAGCAGUGACGGUGAACAUUCUGGGGACUCGGAUAAUACGGAUAAUGGUGAAGAAGGUGGAAGACGGAGACAAUUACUCUUUGAAAGAUACAAGUGAUUCAGCAUCUUCUUUUGAAGAAAGAUAAUACUGAUUCAUCUUCUUCAUGAAUUCUCUAUGACUCAUAUUUUUUUUUUUGUCCUUUCUAUCCUAUCCUAUAUGAGUCCUCCGUAUGACUUCAAGAACUAGGGGUUAGUAGUUUAUUUAACUUGUAUUAUUGUAGUCCCCCCCCUGCAACUUUCCCCUUUGCACACUACUUCAGUGUAAAGCGGGAAUUGUAGACCCAGGUAGCAAAAGAUAUAACCUCAUGCUAGGUACUACAUGAAUGAAUGAAGUCCAAUAAAGUGUUGAGUUCUUUUUUCAUGAGCAUCAUGAUUAUGUUCUUAUUCUCCAUGCAGGAUCCAUGAUGAGCUCAUCGCCAGAUAUAGGAAUUAUGAUAUCGGAAUUAUGAUCUUGUAUCGCCAGUGGUAGAAGACACGACCAGAGACGCGUG